UAGGCGCUCAGAAGUUGAAUUUUCAACUUCAACGAAAACAGUCUAGAGAUUUUCAAAAGCUAAAAAAAAAAUUGAAAAUGAUCUUUUAUGUGCUACAGACAAUCUCAACUACGCUAAUCACCGCUCUGAGCACCAUCUGGUUGGUUGAAGAGACCAUGAUCAACCUGAUGAUGUCGUGCUCUUUGAUGGCGCUGCGCUUUGCCUGCCAUCCGAUGAUGCUGCUGCCAAUGCUACUGGGCACCUACUAUGUGAUCCGCAAAGUAUGGCAACGUCGUCGGGUGACUGUUGAGGGCUCUGCAGAUGGCACUGGGCUGCGCAAUCUGCCGCGUACUCCACGCAUCGGACCAUAUCGUAGUGUGGGCAGCAUCUCGUCGCGCAGCAACGAGAGCUAUGAGUGUGAAGUGUCCGAGGAGGAGACACGUCGCUGCUCGUAAUUUACAUUUGUGUUAAAUUGAUGUAAUAUGUGUUUCGUGAAUAGAUUUAUUUUGUUCUUACUCUCUAGCAAUGCAGCCGACAAAAUA